AUGUCUUCUCCAUCAAUGUCCAGUCAGCCAACACCAGCCACUGACACUUUUCGAAACUUCUGCAAACUCCCUACAGAACUACGGCUCAAGAUCUGGAACUACAAUCUUCCACCCACUCGCCUCGUCCCAAUUCAAUGUGGCUCCUCAUGGCCCGGCUGCUCAGAUUCCCUCUCAUGGACCGGCUGUACUUCGCCAGCGGCCAUUCCCGUCAACCUCCACGUCUGCGGCGAGUCGCGCAGCGAAGCUCUCAAGUACUACGGUCUUGCUUUUGGCUUCGCUCGUGGUCCUGGUCAAGUCUUUCUCGACCCUGAGCGCGACAUUCUCUACUUUGGCCCUCGCCAUGGCUACAUGGCAGCAGACUCUCAAUUUCAAACAAUCAUGUCCAUGUGCGAUCCUGAAGAACUCGCCCUUGUCCGACGCCUCGCCAUAAAUGAUGCUCUAUUCUGGGUUGAUGAAUCUUACCGCUCCAUGACUGCAGCCAGUCUUAGCGUCGAACUGCUUCGGCGCAUUCAGUCCCGCAUGCCUGGUCUCCAAGAGAUCAUCUUUGUUCCUCGCCCCGAAGAGUCGCGGGACUCGGAAGGUUACGUUGAGCCCACUAUGGUCUAUGUGCGCAUGGCCCGCCAGAUCCAGACUGCCCUUGCCACUCUGUGUGAGCAAACUCCCGGCUGGACACCCCCGUGCUGGAGCAUUCUACCACUUAGUGCUUUUAAGAGCGUUGGCGCUGCUUGA